UUCUCCCCCUUCGAAAGGGGGGCGUGUAGGCAACCGGGAUCAGCCAGGGGCCAGCAUGAGCCGGAGGGAGGGAAGUCUGGAAGAUCCACAGGCUGACUCCUCCAUCUCACCCCUUCCCCACUUGGAGGCCAAGAUCCGUCAGACACACAGCCUUGCCCGCCUCCUCACCAAAUAUGCUGAGCAGCUGCUCCAGGAAUAUGUGCAGUACCAGGGAGACCCCUUCGGGCUGCCCGGCUUCUCGCCCCCGCGACUGCCGGUGGCCGGCCUGAGCGCCCCGGCACCCGGCCACGCGGGCCUGCCCACCCCCGAGCGGCUGCGGCUGGACGCCGCGGCGCUCACCGCGCUGCCGCCGCUGCUCGAGGUGGUGCGGCGCCACCAGGCCGAGCUGAACCCGCGCGCCCCGCGCCUGCUGCUGCGCCUGGAGGAGGCGGCGCGCCAGGCCCGGGCCCUGGGCGCCGGGGUGGAGGCCGUGCUGGCCGCGCUGGGCGCCGACGAGACCCGCGGGCCCCGGCCCGAGCCCGCCGUCGUUGCCACCAACGCCGCAGCUGCCGUCACCGACGCGGGCGUCUUCCCUGCCAAGGUGUUGGGGCUCCGCGUGUGCGGCCUCUACCGCGAGUGGGUGAGCCGAACCGAGGGCGACCUGGGCCAGCUGGUGCCCGGGGGCCCGGCCUGAGCGCGGGGCACGGGGCUGCAGCUCGCUGUCAUCCGCUCGUCGUGCGUCUCCGUCUCUCCAUCUCUCUGUCGGUUCCUGGGGAGCCCCGACUGUCUCCAUCUCUCUCUCUGUCUCUUUGCUUUAUGUGUUCUCCGUGUCUCUCUGUCGGACCUCCUGUGUUCCUCCUCUUCCCGUGGCCAUCACUUUCUUGCUUUCUCCCUCUUCUCCAUGGCUUGGGCCUGCCUCCGUCUCUCCUGGAUCUCCCCCUUCACCCAUCUCUGGGGGACCUCUUUGUCUCCCCUUUUCUCCAUCUCUUGGCUCUCCUUGGCCCCGUGUGAGCAUGUGCCUCUCUCUGGCCUUUCCUGGCCGAGUGGUAGGGCUACUUCAGACAAAUUUCAGCCACCUUCCCACCGUGUCACCCACCCUGCUGUGCUCUCCCUGCCCCAUCCAGGCCCUUUGGAUGGGCCCUACUUCCUUCUCCCUUGGACCUCCUUCUCCUCCUUCACCUCUUCUGCUGUGUCCCUGCACCUCCCCUCCCCCCAAGCCAGGUCUAUGGAGAGAAAAGAUCAACACCUUAAAAGAGUUUUAUUUCGGAGAAUAAAUUAAUUUUUUGUAAAUAAAAUGUUUAAAAAUAAAAAGAACACUAACGUUACCAGUAUAUACAGUUGUUGACAAUGGCGAGACACCUUUGAGGAGAAUAGGAUCCUUAGGCCACAGCCUGGUCUCCCAGACAUACCCAAAAGCCACAAUAUAAAUAGGAGUUUCACAAAUGCCCUCAGGCCAAGGAUAACAUCAGUCACUCUAGAACAGGAAGUGGAUGUGUCCUGAGCAGUACACAUCUAGAGGAGUCCUUACUUUUUCAGCUGGACUUCCAUUGAUCAAGAAGUGAAGUCCCUCAAAAUGGAAAGUUGGAACGGAGGGCCUAGUCAGGGAGGUAGACUAGGGGAGGUAAUGAAAUCCAAAGAAGGGAGGCCUCUCUGCUCAGAAAGCACACAGCUUCCCACAGGAAGUGAGGUAGAGACAAGAAGACCUCUGCAAACUUACAGGAGCAGGAGGGUCUGAAGGAGAGCCCAGGAAGGAGACCGACUGUCCUCUCCCUGCAGAGUGCAAAGUGAAGCCUCUUCAAAAAGACACUUCUUUCCACCCAGGAUGUGGGCAACCCGGACCCCCGGAUUGAGAACCCACAAAAUGAUAUCCAUAGAGUCCCCCCACAGAUCCGGAAGGGAGGCCAUAGGACCUAGGCAGGAAAGGCCCAGGCAAAAGGGACUUGAGGCUUACUUCCUAGGUAAUAUCCCGAAACAUACACACCCUGUCUGCUAGACACGAUGUGUCUCCUUUCUUGCCAAGAAGCAAGGCAGAGAAGAGUCCACUGGGAAAGAAGUGUUGCAACCUCUGACAGGAAGUCCUGUCUCCUCUAUCCAGGGUACUUGGCCUUGAGCAGAGCCAAGUCCCUCACAGCUCGGUCUGUCCAGUGGCCAUAUUCCCGGGUCACUACAUAGCCUCGACAUUUCCUCUCAAAGGCUGAGGCCCGGAAGGGGACAACCCCGAGAGUGUCCUCUUCAGGGGGGAUGGGCAGGCCCAGGGCGGUCAUGAUGGCAGCCAUGUUGCCCAGCAGGCCUUGGGCCCUGAGUCUUGCAGCCCCGAGCUGAGCCAGCAGGAUAGGACUGCCAGGGUUAAGGUCUCGCUGGUCGUCCCCCACGAGCUGGAGGUGCUGGGUCAAGGCCAGGAAGGCCCCCUGGGCAUGGCUCAGCCGCUCCCCGUCAUCCAGGGCAUGCCAGGUCUUGAAGGAGACGGCGGCAGGAGGCAGGCUGCUGAGCUGAAGCUCGGGGGCUGAGAAGCCAGGGUCACUGAAGGGGCUGCCCUGGUGCUGGAGCUGCACGAGAGACAGAGACAGGAGUGCAGGGACUGAAGUGGUCCCCUGGGGCUCCCCCUGGCUUCACAUCUGACAUCUUCCCAGGGGGAGCUGGUGGACAUCUCCUAGCACUGAGCCUGGGCUCUGUGAUGGCCCAGUUUCAUGUACAAGUUGUACCACUUUGAGUCACGGCUUCAGUAAUUCCCAUGCAUCGGUAUUCUUGUGCAAACGUAAGAAGUGCUACAUAGAAAGCACUUAGCACAGCUCCUGGCAUACAAUAAGGGCACGACAAGCCACUGUUUAUAAUAUAUUAAUAUCAUAACACUAUGAUUGUAUCAUUUAUUAUACUAUUUUCAGUCUAAAGAAUUGACAGUGUAAUUAGAGUCUCUAUGGUUCUUUUUUAUUUGCGGCACUUAGUUAUUUACGCUUAUUAAUUUUAUUAUAAUCAUUAAUAAAUAAUUGUUAACAUUAUUAAAUUUAGUUGAGUGCCUUCUCUGUUAAAGUUCUGGCCUCCACAAACCUGGACCUAUAGAAUCUUGAUGCCCACUGAUAAAUCCCCAAAUUGAUAGACCAUCUAGUCCUCCAUCCCUAUCUCACAGGUGAAGAAACCGAGGUUCAGGGUACCCAAAGCUAACCAGGGAAUGGCGGCAGUUACAGGACUAGAAACUACAUUUAGUAACUUCUCACGGGCCUGAAAUAUAGUACGAUGGAGAGUCACAAACCCUGGGGCCUCUAAGGGCUAGGCGGAUCGUGUAACUUGGGGAAGAAGGCAGAACUAAGAUGGGGUAGGGGCCAGGAGUGUCCCUGUGCUUGUUGGAGAGAGGCAGUCGUGUUCAAAACUUGAACAAGUAUAUCAUGGCCCAAACAGAAAACACCUGUGGGUCAGAUUCAGCAGGCAGGCUGCUAGUCUGAGCUGCUAGACAGCGAGGGGUGGGGAGCGGGGAGGAUUGGCUUCAAUGCCACAGACCAGGUUAAGAUCCUGGUGCUGCCAGUGAUUUAGCUGUGUGACCUUGAGCAAAUUUUUCACCCUCUCUGAGACUCAGUUUCCGUAUCUGGUUAUAACUCCGUCUCUCCGAACUGUUAGAGACGUCUGUGAGGGAAGGAGGAUGCGUGUCUAGCUCAGCAUCGGGCUCAGGUAAGCACUUAGCACGAGGUCUUUCUCUGUCUGUGCCGCCUUUGAGUCUUGUAAUGGUCCUGAAAGGUGAGCAAAAGCAGGAUCCCAAUUCCAUUUUGCGGAUGAGGGAGCUGAGAUGGAGAGAGAGAAGGAACGACUAACCCAAGGUCACCAGCCAUCAGUGACAGUGUUGGAGUGAGUCUCUAGUGCACGGAGGCCCUGAACCCUCAGACUCGUGGAGGAAACUUCUCCCGACCUUGCUCUGCUUCCGCUACCCGGGGCUGGGCCAGGAGGGCAGUGUCCCGCUGCCCUCGUCCCCUGCUUAUGCCCCGUGUCACUCACAUAAGUCUGCAGCAGCACUGAUGUAUUCUUCUGCAUGUAGAGGGCCAGGCUGUAGGCCUGACUGAUGGGCUCAGCUGGGGAGAUGGGGGCCCCUAGACUGAGGGGCAGCAGCAGCAGCAUCAGCAGGCACAACGGGGCUGGUGGAGGAAAUCAGAGGUCAGCAUCCAAUCCCCGAGCCCGCCUGCUGGUUCAUUCAUUCUCUGUCGCAACUCUUCCCAUGGGCACAGCCCUUGUGGCCUGCAACAAUUGUGUGUAUCCAAGUCGGGGCCACAUCACCCUGUAAGAUUAUUUCCAGCCCAGAACAUUCCACGGGCCCCCAGACCCGAUGUAUUCAACUUCCUGCUUGACAUUAUUGGAUACCAAUAAGUGUCUCAACUCAAAGUCUCCAGUACUUAACUCUGGGUUCCUCUUCCGAGUUCCCUCCCAGCCUUUCCCAUCUCAGGCAAGGGCGCUUCCACUCUUCCCUUUGCUCAGGUCAAAACCUGGGAUCCUCUUUGGCGCCUCAUUCUCUCUUGCUGUCCACAUUUACCCCACAGUAAACCCUAUCGGCUCUGUCCUUAAAAGAUAGCCAGUCCAGCUCUGUGUUUCUUGGUCUGAGUGCUCAUGACAAGGAUACGAUCAUUUUGUGAAAAUUCAUUGAGCUGUACGCUUCAUGAGUUGGGUAAUUUUCUGUUUGUUCUUCUCAAUAAAAAGUCUUAAAAGUUGACAAGAGACACUGAGAAUCUACCUGCUUUCCUCCUCCAUCCAUUGCCACCCCCUGGGUCCCAGCCACCAGCCCUUCUCACCCAGUCGCCUCCCCCAACCUGUCUCUGCUUCUUCAACACUUGCUGACCUCCUCCCCAACAGCCCCCCAGUUCAACUAGAUCCCUCCUGUGCCUGAAUUCUUCCUCUGCUCAGACCUCACACAGUGGAAGUGAAUAAAUCAAAGCCCUUCGGUGGCCUGCAAAGCCUCGCCCCUCUGUACUGGCCUCCCAUUCCAUUCCCCCCCAGGUCUUUGCCCUUCCUGGGCCUUGCCAGGACCACCCCAAACCUUCCCAGACGCUGGAUCCUUCUUGUUCUUCAGGCCUCAGCUCAGAUAAGCUGUCCUCACCUCGUAUCAAAAGCCCCUCCCCCUCCUCGGUCUAUAGUCUUCAGAGACUUUUGCUAUUUAAUUUAUUUAAUUAUUUGUCUGCUUGUUUGUUACUGUCUCUCCCCCUAGAAUGUUGGCUCCAGGAAAGAGAGGACCUGCCCUGACUCAUUUGCUGCUGGUUCCCCAGCACCUAGCACAGAGCUUAGUAAAUAUUUGUUGAAUGACGGAACGCUCCCAUGAACAUCCUUAUCCCAAACUCUUUAGGCACCUUUGAGGGUGUGCUUAUUUUAUUUAUAAAGAUUUACUUAUUUGACAGAGAUUACAAGUAGGCAGAGAGACAGGCAGAGGUGGGGGGAAGCAGGUUCUCUGCCAAGCAGAGAAUCCCAUGCGAUGCGAUG